GGGAUGGCUCUAGACUGCUGAAACCAACGAAGAAGAAGGACAACGGAAGUAGAAGAAGUGUCCGCUGCUACAGUUAGGCAUCACCAUGCCUACUGCUGUGAUUAUGGAGGAAAAUUUUGAUAAAUUAUUGGAGCAGAGUGAAGCUCAGGAACUCGAGGCUCCAGGGGGCAUUGCAACACCUCAAGUAUACGCUCAGUUGCUGGCACUCUAUUUACUUAAUAAUGACAUGAAUAACGCCAGGUAUCUAUGGAAAAGGAUUCCUCAAGCGAUAAAAUCGGCAAACCCUGAAUUAGCAGCUAUUUGGGCUGUUGGCCAGCGCAUUUGGCAGCGAGACUUUCCAGGCAUUUACACAGCCAUCGCAGCUUUCCAGUGGUCAGAGAAUAUCCUUCCGGUCAUGGAGGCCCUUCGAGAGAGCACACGGCAGAGAGCGUACAGCCUCGUGGCCCAGGCCUACACUUCCAUAACGGCGGACGACUUCGCCGCCUUCGUUGGCUACUCUGUGGAGGAGGCAGUAAAAGGUGUGGUGACCCAGGGCUGGCAGGCAGACCCUAACACCAGGAUGGUGAUGCCCAAAAAGCCAGAUCCUCCCCCUGUUUCGUUGGUGCCAAACGAGCAGCAGUUGGCCAGACUAACUGACUACGUGGCUUUCCUCGAGAACUGAUAACCCACCGCGACCACUGCCACACUCGUUCACCCGCUUGGUACUGAGAGAGGACAGAAGUCUGGGUGGACUGUUUGUCUUUCCUGCAGCGUCUCACUCCCCGAUGAAGAUGUACCAACCGAAACACACCAUCAUCUCGCAUGAAUGCUGCAAGAUAUGCCUAUUUAUGUUCAAUAGCUAAUGUAGCUUCCCUGCUAAUUCAUAUCUCUGCAGGGGCUCUGCUUGUCCCAGCCCUCCUCCCGAUGUCUAGAUUGAGGCCUGGUUUAAAAGGAAGGCUCUGAUUGUCAUUGCUGUGUUUUUAUUGCUAAUCUAUCAAUGAAAUCCACCAACCUGUAUGUAUGGUCCCCCCCCACCCCCCACACCCCCCCACACCCCCAUGUGUUUUAGCACUUAAAGGGUGCCUUGAAACAGACGUCAUCAGAUACCAGGAGUCUUGGCAUGCAUGCAUCACCGUGUGGAGUUCAGUCCUCAGACCUCAUAUGUUGAAGUUUAUGUUUUGACUGGUGAAUAAAUAUUUUGCUGUUUCUAAUUUA